GGCCCCCCUCUCCUGCCCCCAACCCCCCGCGGCGUGCGCCGCUCCCGGGGGCUCCGCGCCCCCGAGUCCAGGUCCCUCCCCCUUGGCGGGCGCUUACAGGCCGCGCGGGUAGCGCAAGCCCCGGAGCCCCGGCGGCCUGUGCUCCCUGAGCCGGCAUGGACCCCGGGCGAGCGUUUGCGGUGGGGCCAGCAGCCGGCCCUUACGCGGCCCCGGGGGACGAGCCUCCAGGCCCCCGGGGAACUCCUGACGCUGCUCCUCACCUGCAUCCCGCGCCGCCCCGCGGCCCGCGGAUGACCCGCUUUCCGGCCUGCGGACCCCUGGAGCCCUACCUCCCUGAGCCCGCCAAGCCGCCCGCCAAGUACCUGCAGGACCUCGGACCCGGGCCGUUGCUCAACGGCAGCCACUUCUACGAGGGCCCCGCGGAAGCUGAAGAGAAGGCCUCCAAAGCUUCCAGCUUUCCCCAGCUGCCUGUGGACUGCCGAGGAGGCCCCAGAGACGGGCCCUCUAAUGUUCAAGGCUCCCCAAGCCCUUGCCUGGCCAGCCUUCGUGUCCCUCUUUCCCCGGGACUUCCUGAUUCCAUGGAGUUGGCCAAGAACAAGAACAAGAAGCGCCGUAACCGCACGACCUUCAGCACAUUUCAGCUGGAGGAGUUGGAGAAAGUUUUCCAGAAAACCCACUACCCUGAUGUUUAUGCCCGAGAGCAGCUGGCUCUACGCACAGACCUGACUGAGGCCCGGGUACAGGUCUGGUUCCAGAACCGUAGAGCCAAGUGGAGAAAACGUGAGCGUUAUGGGAAGAUACAGGAGGGGCGGAACCCCUUCACAGCUGCCUAUGACAUCUCUGUGCUGCCCCGAACUGACAGCCACCCCCAGUUGCAGAACUCCCUAUGGCCCAGUCCAGGGUCUGGGAGCCCAGGGGGCCACUGCCUCAUGUCUCCAGAGGGCAUCCCCUCUCCAUGCAUGUCUCCAUACUCUCACUCCCAUGGAAACGUGUCUGGCUUCAUGGGGGUGCCAGCCUCCCCUGCAGCCCACCCUGGCAUCUACUCAAUCCAUGGCUUUCCUCCUGCUCUGGGAGGCCACGGCUUUGAGCCCUCUCCAGAUGGGGACUACAAGUCUCCAAGCCUUGUCUCGCUCAGGAUGAAGCCCAAGGAGCCUCCCAGCCUGCUGAAUUGGACCACGUGAUGGGCUGUGUAGACACAGACUGAGCUGCCCACCCCUCUUUCUGUUCCCAUCCAAUCCCCCACUGGACACCAGACAACACACCCUUCUGCCUCCAUACCCUGAGUGGUUCUAGAGGCCUGGGAGGGUAGCUAGGACCUUUGGCCUCCAACAGGGAACAGAUUACAGGGACUUGUCUCAGAAUAAAGAAAUGGGGCUGCUUAAGAGAAAGGGCUUCAAUGCAGGCAGGACUCUUCAUUACACAAACUGGAUCCCUUCACUCAAACUGGGGUGCAGAGAGGGAGACACUGCUUUACUUCCUCAAGACUUUAUGGCCAGGUGUCAUCUCUCCUACUGAAAGACUUAACUGUCUCCUCAAUCAGGGAGCCCAGGAAAAUGGGAAGAGAAUUCUGAUUGAACUGAGGAGAUCUUUGUGACCACCUAGGGUUGAUUUCUCUUCUACCUUCUCAGCACUAAGGGGCAUGUGCCCAGCAUCUGGAGCUGACAAGGACUAGAAGAUAAAAAUCAGCUUAAUAGAAGGUGUGGGGGGAUCUCCCCUGCUCCAGGCAUCCCUUACUCUGUGUCCAGUCUCCCAACAUGUUAUAGAGAUUUCUCCAAGGCGGAAAGACAUUCCCUCAGAAAUCACCAAACAUUUGGAUUUGCUUCUCUAAGAUCAGGGCAGAGUUAGGCCUUGGAAAUCAUAAUGGAUGUUGAUCAGAAUAAGACAGAUUUUUCUAGUCUCUGAGCCCCUGAGAUCCUAAUCCCAAUUUUUGUAAAGAUAUUUCUGUUUUAUUUUGUUUUGGUGUGCUACCCAGCAUAAAAAAUAAACACAGUGGUGUUUUUCGUA